CCCAGUCGCAAUCCCCUUUCCCCUCGUCGUCGUCGUCCUCCUCCUCCCUCCGCCGACUCGACUCGCCUCGCCCACCUCCUUUUCCAUUCCAAAUCCCACCGCCGAUUGACUCACUCCCACUCGCCUCGCGCCUCCCCCCAAUCCCCUCCGGAGAGGGGCGGCGGCGGCGAGCGAGACAGCGAAGCGCGCCUCCCCGAUCCUCGCAGGAUUCCACCGAUCGCUGCGUUGCCGGAUGGCUCUGCAGCAGCAGCCGACGCAGCAGCAGCAGCAGCAGGCGGGGUCGGCGUCCGGUUCGGCGUCGGCGUCGAGCUCCAGCUCGGGGCUGCACAUGCUCGUUUCUCCCUUCGGCGACACCACGUACACCAAGGUGUUCGUCGGCGGGCUCGCCUGGGAGACCACCAGCGAGAAGCUCCGCCGCUUCUACGACCGUUUCGGGGAGAUCCUCGAGGCCGUGGUCAUCACCGACAGGCACUCCGGCCGCUCCAAGGGCUACGGCUUCGUGACGUUCCGUGAUCCCGAGUCGGCGAGGAAGGCCUGUGAGGACCCGACGCCCGUGAUCGACGGCAGGCGUGCCAAUUGCAACCUGGCGUCGCUUGGUCGCGCUCAGCCUGCAGUUCCUCUUGGGAGGCCAAGAUCAGCUGGGUCCUACUUUGGUGUUCCAGUUCCAAGGGGCAUUUAUGUAGGCGGUUAUGGUCAGCACCGGCCACUUCCACUUGGGUAUUACCAAGGAUUCCCAGUUCCACAAUACAGCUACACUACAUAUGGGACAGAAUACAUCUAUCCACAGGUUGAGGGCACAUUAAACCCAUAUGUUGGUCAGCAAUAUGUUCCGAUUUAUGGAAUUUCAUCCACAGGAAAUACUUCUAACCAACCAUUUAGCCAGUUCAGCCCAUCCAUUUCUGGUCUUGGUAAUGGUUAUGUGGCUGUUCAUGGUUACAAUGUGCCAGGAAGUCCAUUUGUACAGCUGACCGGAUCAAACUUUAGCAGUGCACCGCCUACGCCUCGGCCCACCAUUCAGGCUCCCUUUUUAGUUGCAGCACCGGUUCCUACUCAUGCACACUUGGUCCUCCCAGCCCAUUCACCCCAGUUUACACAGACUGGUGGUUCAGACCAAAGAGCAAGCUGAACUAUGCUGCCAAACAUUUGUACCUUGAGGUACCCUUAGAUUCCAGCAGGACAAAAGAGCAGUGCUGCUGUAUUUGUAGCGCUGUUUCUUACCUGGCAAGAAUCAUCCUUGCAUUCAUAAGGUUGUCCUUGUCAUGGUCAUCAGAUGUACCUGGAAAUCACGAUGUUGUCCCGAUGGAUGGGGCAAUGAUCCAAGAGCAGCGGUUGCUCUUGUCAUUUUUGCUUGGUUUAGUCUCAAUGGGACUGCAAUCAUUGCUGCAGCGUGAAGCUCUAGAUGCAGCAUUAUUGAUCCUGUAUCUGAGAGCUCAUGGAGUCUAUGGAGAUAUACUGGAUGCUGGAAUGGAGUCCAGCACCCUGUAAGAUGAUUACUCCCUUUGGAUUAGUCAUGAUGCACUCAGAUGAUUGUUCACUUUGAACUCCUGAAGAAUCAAGUUACUAUGUCGUCAAUUAUAUCCCAAUGUUGGAGUCUGGCACAAGUCCAACAAAUGUAGCCCGCCAGUCUUGUGUCUGUCUAUGGUCGUGAACGUGAUCUAUGCUUUCCCCAUCAUGUCCAACAUGUUAGUCCAAGAAGGUCCUUCCUGCAUCUGUAACCCAAGUAUCUACCGAAACUGCUCAAUGUCGUCACCAACUGGUAACGAGGAGGUCAAGAGGAACUGCUCAGUGUCGUUACCAACUGGUAACAGUGUCAAAAGGAUUAUUAUCUAUGGUGUUAUUGGUGUCGGCACCAAAAACUGUUGUUGUUUUAAGUGUCCUACAAGUGUCAGUUUAUUUUUCCAGUGCUGUGUGCUCAGAAGUUCCUACUUGCGAGAACAGAACUUUGUUGUGCUACUAAAAAUAAAUCAGUCGGAUGCGAAUCCCAUGUGUGGGGUCUUAUCGAUAAUGUUCAAGUCUGGGCUGUUAAAACUUGUACAAUUUGUACAGAUUGUUCUGCAGUUUUGCAGUCUUGCGUAUUUUGUGAAAUAUUGGUUCAGAAAUUGGAGUGUUUUUCUGUAUGGCAACAGUGCUCUCAGCUCGAGUUA